CUUCACACAGCCUGUUUAAAGCAAUAAUCUCUUCAUGCUGCUGAUUCCUCGGCUUUGCCUCAAAGCAAAACGACUGAAAGAAAGAAAAAAAAAUAUCAGUGAUUUCUGCUGUAUUUUGAAGAAAGAUGUCUGUUCAUCUCAAAGAAGGAGAGCCUUGUGCAUUACCUGACUUUCUACAUCUGAAUGAUUUGGCAUGUGAAACGACAGGAGGAAAGGUUUUAUUUGCAACAGAUGACUUUUUUGCUCCUGCGGAAAAUCUCUUAAAGAAACAGAGACCAGUCUCUCAUGCAGAUCUGUUCACUGACUUUGGAAAGUGGAGAGAUGGGUGGGAGACCAGAAGGAAACGAAUUUCAGGGCAUGAUUGGUGCAUCAUUUAGCUGGGAGUGCCAGGAAAUGUUUAUGGGUUUGAGGCAGACACAUCUUAUUUUGCUGGAAACUGUGCUCCGUGGAUAUCAAUCCAAGCUGCUUAUUUAAAACAAGAGGAAAUACCAUUACUGCCACCAAGAGGGACCAGAAUCGGAACUGCAGCUUCAGAUGAAGAAUUUAAAGCUGUCAAGGAGAUAAAGUCAAAUGAAUGGGCUUUCUUGGUUUCUAUGUCAGAGAUAAAAUCAGGAAAUCUUGACACUGGCUGCAACUAUUUCUAUGUGACUUCAAAGCAAAAGUGGACUCACAUAAGGCUCAACAUAUAUCCAGAUGGUGGAAUUGCACGUUUGAAAGUAUAUGGCACAAUAUCAAGAGACUGGUCACUUUCUGGCAGGAAUGACUUGAUUGAUUUGGUGGCAAUGGUGAAUGGAAGUAUUUGUGUUGGAUACAGCAAUGCUCAGUUAGGUCAUCCCCAUAAUAUAGUGGGACUAGGAUGCACAAAGUCCAUGAAAGAUGGCUGGGAGACAAGAAGAAGUUCGGAAAGACCGCCAGUUCUAAAAGUAGAUGACAAAGGAAACCUCCUUAUACCAGGAAGGGAAUGGGCAGUCUUUUGACUGGGGCACCUGGGUAUAAUAACACACAUAGAAAUAGACACCAGUCACUUUAAAGGUGACUUUCCAGAUUCUUGUACACUUGAGGCCUGUAUUUUGAGUAUACGAGAAGAAAAAGACUGCAUAGCACAAAAAUGGUCCCUGAAACAGGGUACAAAAUGGAAAGCCUUGCUGCCUGUAACGAAGAUCAAGCCCCAUAAAAGACAUUUUUUUGAUGCCAUGGCAAUGUCAACAUUGAAUGUCUGUACUCAUGUGAAAGGAGGCAUAAGUAGGUUGCGUCUUUGGGGCUUUCCACGGAUUUUCUCUCACGUGAGGAAGUGAAAACCUUCCAAGAAAAGGCUUCAGUAGAAUUUCACUUUCACUGAUAUGCAAAAUUAAUACAUUAAUCUGUAUUUAUAAAUUCAUUGAAUUGUACACAGUUUUCCACAUGAGUGGUUCAAACACAAAAAUUUGUUAUGGAUAUGCCGUAACACCCUAUUUCUCUAGCUGAAUGAAUAAAAUACAUUUUGCAAAUAUGUUA